AUGGACUACUCAAAUAUUUUUCGUUUGGUCAAUCUGGCCGUCGGUGUCAUCAUGGUUCUUGGAGGAAUUUCACAAUUCUUUGCCGACCCUAAAUUCCGGAACAUAAUCAUCGGCAUUUACGUUAUUAUCUUCGGAUUAGCCACGGGCGGGCUUGAGCUUGUGCCGAAUGUUCCGCCCCAGAUCUCGCGACACGCCUCGUUUAUGUUCUCGUUUAUUGGCAGGGGCAUUUUUUACGUUUUUGUGGGGUGCAUUAUCCUGGAGAACCAUGUACUGCGCAUCAUCGCCGGCUCGAUUGUGGGAAUCGUGGGUGUUGGGUACGUUGCGCUCGAAUUCAUUCCAUCUAUCGAGCCCCCAGCGAACAUGCGGGAGGCGGAGCCGGCCUGGGGAGCGGAGCAGAUCUAG